AUGUCUGUAGAUGCAGUGUCGGACACUUACUGGCAAACAGCCAGAGGUACCAUCAGAGAAAGAUGUGAGGCCGUUUUCAAUCAAGAACUCCUUAGCGAUGUGAAGUUCGAGGUCCGUGACUCCAGAGGCGGAAGUAAGACGAUUCCCGCUCACAAGUUCAUGUUAGCGAUCAGUAGUCCAGUAUUUUUUGCUAUGUUUUAUGGUAAAGCAGCAGAAAUGAAAGAUUCGGUGGAGAUUUCCGAUUGUGAGUAUGAAAGCCUGUUGGAGUUGUUUCGCUUUAUCUACAGCGACAAGGCGAAGCUGAACGCUGAUAAUGUCAUGCAGUUGCUUUAUUUAUCAAAGAAAUACAUGCUGCCUACUUUGGCUGAGAAGUGCUCUGCUUUCCUUAAAGAGAACUUAAACGCGUUAAACGUGUUUCACAUUUUGCCGGAUGCGCAGAAAUACGAAGAGAAAGAUUUGAUGAAUCACUGCUGGAAAUUGAUUGAGACACAGACAGAAGAAGCUGUAAAAUCAGAGGGCUUCGUCACAGUCGAGAAGUCAGUACUGGAGGAAUUAGUGGAGAAAAAUUCUUUGCAUAUUAAAGAAGUGGAAUUAUUCAAAGUUAUCGAUUGCUGGGCUGAAAAGGAAUGUAAAAAGCAAGGUCUCGUAGCUGAAGGCUCCGUGAAAAGAAGAGUUCUUGGGGAACGUAUUGUUCGAGGAAUUCGUUUUCCUUUGAUGGGGCAGACAGAGUUUGCUGACGUCGUCCUUGAUUCAGAGAUACUUACACUCAGAGAGACGAACCGUCUGGUCAAGUAUUUUAACUCUGUGCUAAAUGAAUCAGUAGGAUUUCUCGAAACCGAGAGAACUGGGGGAAAGCAAGAGAUUUCCAGGUUUCGAUCACUAGACAGAGGGUGGUGGUAUUAUUCCGACUAUCCAAACUGUAUAGAUUUUGAUGUUGACAGAAACAUACAUCUACACGCAAUCCACUUCUUUGGAAGCGAUAACAGUCAAUAUUCAGUGACACUAGAGGUGUUAAAUCAUAGCAGUGGCAUUUCCGUUAGAAAGCGAGAAGGGAAUUUUUUAUCUAAGCAGAUACAGUGGGAAAUUGGAGAUCACCAAGGCUUUGAUAUUGUAUUUGAGCCGCCGAUUGCUAUAAAAGCAAACACACGAUACAAAAUUUCGGCUACCAUUACUGGUCCACCAUCUUGGUAUGGAACAAAUGGCUGCUCUACUGUAGAAAAUUCUGGAGUGAGAUUUCACUUUUCUUCGGUUUCAAUUCCCACCAGUUGUGGAAGGGGACAAUUUUCUAGAUUUGUGUUUACUCUGGACUGAAUGAUCUUUCGGGAGCAUACUAGCUUUUAUUACUUGAUAUGUCUAAACCUCGGUUGCUAACCUCGGCCCUCUGUUCUGUUGUUAUAAUAAUAAGGACAUAUUUAACAUAUUUUAACAGGAUAACCAUUUCAGUUAUAAAAACUGCUAUCAACAUAGGUUCUGUAUAAAAAAAACUAUAUUCGAAACUGGGAUAAAAUUAUAUAAAAUCAUUAAAAUGGGUAGCGCCCUUAUAAAAGAAUAGGAUGAAAAUCAUAAGUUUGCUGUUUAAAAUAAUUAGACAAAUAACUUGGGGCUUGUCCAUCAAGACAAUUCUUGACAAACUUGACCAUCAUUAUGAUUUUCUCUUCUCGUCUUAAGAAGGUUCCAACCAAGACCGGAAGUCAUAUGUUGUUCAGUGGACAAAUGCACUGUCGUUAACACUAUCCCAGCGACACCAUGAGCACGUCUCUGCGAACGUGCUACUCUUAAGGGCCUAUUAACGUAUCUCGUUGGUAGGUAACCCGGUUACUCCGUAGAAAUUUACUGACGGCCUUCGUAUUUCGCACGUUUUUGGACUAUCGGCCGCGCGAGAUAUUUUUUUGUGCCACGAACGGUAUUGCUUUAAUCUCCUCGUUUACGCUGUUACGCUUUCUAGAGAAAGAAUAGCCGAAAGGUAUAAUUAUGAACAGGAUUAUAUAAAGAGAAAAGUCUUGUCUAUGGUGUGUUUCGAGGAGGCAGACUGCUGAUAACCUUAGUUCUCAUGCUGUUUGCUGAUUGCUGUUUUUCAAUUGCAGUUUUUCGCUGAAUGGUCAAGUUAAAAGAUUUUCUUCUUUAAGUUCAUUAAAUAACAGUUGUUGAGGUCGAAGAAGGUGAGAUUUUUCGUUGACUGACUCUUGCCCAUGAGUUUAUAGGUUUUUAUAGUUGAAAAUAGAAAUGUUUUGAUUCCUUGCACAAAGGCUCCUUUUUGAGUGAGAAACUAAUUCUUUUUGUGUGGGAAAUUUUUUCGUUUGUUUUUCUCUCACUACCCUGAUCUAUACAAACCGAUUGAGUCUAAACACAACAAAAUCAGAAGUAUUGUUUGUAGGAUCUAGAAAGAGGUCUCCUCGCAUGUCUUGCCCAUCACUCCUUUAUGAAGACGCCAAUGUACCUAAAGUAACAUCUACCAAAUCCCUAGGUGUACAUGUUGACGAGGCGCUUACAUGGGCAGCACAUAUCGAGGAGAGCUCAAAGAAAUUAACCAGCGCAAUCGGACCCAUCUGUACCUUUACUAUUGCAGCGCUGUUUGGGAGUUUCUAGCUUCAGACCUAGCUCUGAAGUUUCAAGAACUACAAAAUAGCGCAGCUUUUAGGAUCAUAACAUUUUCCAGUUAUUAUUCUAGCUCCGGCCCCUGCUGCAAGAGUUAGAAUGGGACGGGCAUUAAGCCCCUCGCUAUAGAAAUGUUCAAGGUGUACAACAAUAUGGCACCUGAAUACCUAUGCAAAAAAUUUUUGAUAUCCUCUUCUAGAUUCCAGUUGCCUCUUCCCAAAACCAAUUAUGGCAGAAAACGUUUUAGCUACAGGGUUCCAUUUAUUUGGAAUAAAUUACCAGAGGAUUUGCGUGGAUGCAAGCCUCGAUGAACUUAUAUAAAACUAAACUGGACCGCUUGGUUCUCAGCUUCUUUGAUUCCAUACUAUAAUCCUAGUUUAGAAUAUUUUAUCAAAGGUUAAUACCUAGCUUUACAUAUCUUUUUCACAACUAGAAUUAACUCGAAACUCUCAUAGAUAUAUAAUUUUAACACGACGUUUAUGUAAACCAGCUUUAGCUGACAAAACUACUGUGACUAAACAAAACUCGUCUAUCUAAUAUCUAUCUAUCUACCUAUCUUUUGAUUGAAUUUUAAACAAGAGUAAAUUGAAUGGUUAGUCAAUAUAAGCUGGGCUUCUAAGUAAUGUUUACUCGCUUAUUUUGGAAAAACUUGUAUAAUUCAAAAAAACUGCAGUUACGAGCAGUUACGGGAAGUGGUCAUUCCAGGCCGGACGCUCCUGGAGAAACAACUAGUCGCAGCGUGUUCUGCUUAAUUAUUGUAUGACAACUGAAAUUCACUUCUAAUAAAACAUUUAAGCUUGCAUUUGAUAUAUUUUUUAUAAAAUUUAUGGCAUACAAAUAAUGGCCUUAAACCUGAGCGUGAAUAAUACUACCGAUACAGGGAGACCGCGAAUUCAGAGAUACGCGUGACAGUGAUUUUCAUUCUCUUCUAGCUUCAUUCUCUAAAUCUUUUAACAGAGAAGGAGUGCGCCAAUUUAAAAAGCGCGUUAUGUCGUCAGCAGUGACAAAAUUCUCUUAACUUUGUGUUUGCUAAGAGUUUUAUAAAAUACAGUUGGUUAAAUUUGUUUAAAAUUUGAGUGUGUUUUGCUUUAUGAAAAAGAGAGAAAGAAUAACACUAAAAAGCUUAGCUUAAAGAAAGACUUUCUCGAUCUCCACAUUCUCUUAAUGCCCAAUUCCGAAAUACUCGUUAAAAAAUCUGCUCUAUUCAGGAUGGGAAGCAAAAAAUCGUGAUGCAAUAUGCUAUUAUUGAAACCUUUUUCUCAUCAGUUUGUAUUUUUGUAAAGUCGUUCUUAAGUUGGAACACACCUAAUGUUUACUUUUGUCUGUCAGUUGUCAUGAUAAAGCAUUCCAGCUGACCAGAUGCCUAGAAUCCGUUCGCUUUUUUCAGUAGCAGUGCUAACAAUCUUUACAGCAGCUGUGUUGAAACAUAGGCUAGCAGCUCAGACUGGUAUAAGCUAAUAAUCUUUAUUUCUAAUGGAUAUAAGAGUCACUUGGUAGGAUAGAUGUAGCUCAGUCAGCAUUAACAAAUCCUGCACGGAUUUGUAACACUUACAUAAGGUGAAAAGUGAAAAACUCUGCUAGUAGAUGAAAGCACUUCAACUUGCCUCUAAAAAUUACCACAUAGUAUACUCAUAGUAUAAUAGAAGAAAGGAGAAGAAGAGAAAAAAGUAAAAGGUUUUAAUAUUUCAUCGCACCAUUUUAACCGCGGCAAGAUUUGCCAAGUCGUAGAGCACUUGACUGCAGAGCGAGAGGUCGAGGGGUUCGACAUCCCGGGGCCGGAGCAAUACUCAGGGCCUUAAAAUAACUGAGAAAUGAAGGUACUUCCUUUGCCCUGCAAACGGGUAGACCUUCGUGUGGCUCGGAUGACCACCUAAAAUGGCGGUUCCGUCUCCAGUAGGAGACAUAAAAAAAUACUGUCCACAAUUAGUACUUUCCUGCUAAAUACAUUGACCCUCAAAUAAAGUGCAAUUUUUUUUUCACCACUUAGGGCCCACUUAGCAUGAAAAAUAUGGUGUAAGUGAAAUGUUCCCAUUUGACCCAUUACCUUUGAGGACACGUACGUUGCAUCAAACAGAAGCAAGGGAGAGCUUUACAUUUUACAAAGAGACGAUAAAAUAUCAAGCAGCCGUGCCCACGAUCCAGCUCAAUGGUUUGCAAAAAGCAGAGAAUAUAUGCACAGUGUGAAAAGGCGAAAGCCUUGUUUGUUGUCUUCAGCUCGGAUUUUGAAAACAGGCCAUUGUCCAGGGGCCCCCCCGUGUCUCGAAAGUCCCGUUGUCACAGUGAUAUGGGCAUCCCCGAUUUUUGAGCAUUCCCAUUCCCGAAACCCUACUGAUAUGGACAUCCCCUGUAACCGUAACCGUAACCGUAACCCAAAUCGCAAAGGUAAUAUGAGAUGGGAAUACCCAUAUCACUAGGGUUUUGGGGAUGGGGAUGCCCAUAUCAUUGUAACACCACGGUAACUUUUCUCGCCCGUAACCAAAUAUUCAAAUUAAAAUCUUAAGAAUAAAAACGCACGUCCAAGUUAAAAAUCCUGUGCAGUCUGUUUUGUUAAUUCAUAGUUUUAUUAUGUCAUCCGCAAAAUCUUGAAUAUAAACAACAAUGGCUUUCCGAGGCCGCAAUUAUCGCACAUUUCGAGAAAAGAGCCUUAGGCUUACAUUAGCACCAAACCGAGGCUGGAAGCGUUAAGAGCGAGAGCACUGGGAACUAAAAAGAUCUCGCGACUCGAAUGCAAGGAAGUCAUUGCAGCAAUACUUUAAUAGAAGAAACGAACGAACCCUGAAAAGCUGAAUUAGCCAUGUCUGUCGAUGCAGUGUGGGACACUUACUGGCAAACAGCCAGAGGUACCAUCAGAGAAAGAUGUGAGGCCGUUUUCAAUCAAGAACUGCUUAGCGAUGUGAAGUUCGUGGUCCCUGACUCCAGAGGCGGAAGUAAGACGAUUCCCGCUCACAAGUUCAUGUUAGCGAUCAGUAGUCCAGUAUUUUUUGCUAUGUUUUAUGGCAAAGCAGCAGAGAUUAAAGAUUCGGUGGAGAUUUCUGAUUGUGAGUAUGAAAGUCUGUUGGAGUUUUUUCGCUUUAUAUACAGCGACAAGUUGAACCUGAACGCUGAUAAUGUCAUGCAGUUGCUUUAUUUAUCAAAGAAAUAUAUGCUGCCUACUUUGGCUGAGAAGUGCUCUGCUUUCCUUAAAGAGAACUUAAACGCGUUAAACGUGUUUCACAUUUUGCCGGAUGCGCAGAAAUACGAAGAGAAAGAUUUGAUGAAUCACUGCUGGAAGAUGAUUGCGACACAGACAGAAGAAGCUGUAAAAUCAGAGGGUUUCGUGACAGUCGAGAGGUCAGUACUAGAGGAGCUAGUGGAGAAAAAUUCAUUGAAUAUUAAAGAAGUGGAUUUAUUCAAAGCUGUUGAUUGCUGGGCUGAAAAUAAAUGUAAAAAGCAAGGUCUCGUAGCUGAAGGCUCCGUGAAAAGAAGAGUCCUUGGGGAACGCGUUGUUCAAGGAAUUCGUUUUCCUUUGAUGGAGGAAACAGAAUUUGCUGAUAUCGUCCUCGAUUCUGAAAUACUUACACUCAAAGAGACGAACCGUCUGGUAAAGUAUUUUAACUCUGUGCUACAUGAUUCAGUGGGAUUUCUCGAAACCGAGAGAACUGAGGGAAAGCAAGUUAUUUCUAGGUUUCGAUCACUAGCGGGAGGGUUGCAUUAUGGUGAGACCUCAAAUUGUAUAUGUUUUGAUGUUGACAAAAACAUACAUCUACACGCAAUCCACUUUUUUGGAAGCGAUAACAGUCAAUAUUCAGUGAAACUAGAAGUGUCCGAGUAUAACAGUGGCAUUUCUGUUAGAAGGCAAGAAGGGUUUUUUUUAUCUAAGCAGGUACACUGUGAAAUUGGAGAUCACCAAGGCUUUGAUAUUCUAUUUAAACCGCCGAUUGCUAUAACAGCAAACACACGGUACAAAAUUUCGGCUUCCAUUACUGGUCCCCCAUAUUGUUAUGGAACAAAUGGCUGCUCUACUGUAGAAAAGUCUGGAGUGACAUUUCACUUUUUCCCGUUUUCACAUCCCACCAGUAAUGGAAAAGGACAACUUCCUAAAUUUGUGUUUACUCUGGACUGA